CAACAAACGAUGGCGAAAACAAACUUCGAUCUACAAUCAGUGUGGUAAAAAAACACCCAAAUACGACAUAAUGCCCAGUCACAGAAAUUCAGGAGGUGGGAAACUAUUGAGAAGACCACUGUCCCCAAGGACACCACCUGCUCCAAAGACUGGAGCCCCUGCCCCUGCCACAACCAAGAGAAGCAGUCACGGAUAUCUUCAAAGCAAAAGCCUGCCCUCAUUGGCAAGUCUUAGUCAGGAUGAAGGCGAUGACUUCGAGGAAGAGGAGUUGCUCUUUAGAGGUCGUGACCUCACCCCGGUCCCAAGCGUUGUACCUUCACUAGCCUCAGAGUUUCAGGAGACUCAGUUUGCCCCUCAGAACACGCCGAAGAUCCCGCUGAAGCCUUUGACGUCACGAUCCCACCGAUCCCACUCUGGUCCUGUGAACUCGCCCCGACUCCCAAUCAGCAGGAGUGACUUGAAAUUCGUCUUAGAGUCCAGGUAUAAAUUACACCGGAGUGGCUCGGCGGAGACGUUCCAACCCGGAUCGUUGGUUAAACCGUACAAGCCUCGCGGACGGGAUGGUUUCCCACUGCGCAUUCCGCGUCAUAUUCCUGAAGUUAAGAAGGAGUUUCUGUACCUUGAUCAUGAACAUCUUAGAUAUCAGCUUCCUCCAGAUUUCACACUGGAAGACUUUCAGGCUCAGUUUGCACCCUAUGGGAGACCCUUGCAUCGAGACAAAUUAAAGAAGGCUGUACUGUCAAAGCAGAACUUCAAGAAGAUGACAACUUUAUUUGCCUCCUUUGUAGAUGUGCCUCUCCAGGAAAAGAUCAACGUUAUGGAACUUAAAGGUGAGGAUAUUCCAGAGCAGAUACCAAGAGUUCCACAACACCAGCUCCUUAUCGAGAUGGCUUGCAUCAUCCGUCAGCAGAUGAGGAACAUGAUCAAUGAGGAGAUGAUCGGAAGCAUGCCUGGUACCCUGGAGAACAUGUCCACGGCACUGACUCCUGCAAUGGCUGCCUUGACUUAUGAUCAGGCGGAGUCUGCGUCGAGUGCACUGGCAACAAUGUCAAGACACGGAGGCACAGGUAGAGAGGCAAUGUUCAGCGUGCCGGUCUCAAAAUACUUCCAGGGAUCCAGACGAAGCAAUUCUCCCUUCAAUGAGGAUGAUUCUUCCACCAUCACACCAUCAGAGCUUGCAAUACUUGACUGCCUCGUCAAUGGCGGACUAGCCCUCAGCCUCAAGGCUCACUUCAUACUGUCUCUUCCAGAAAUCUCACCUUUAACUAAGACGCUGGUGUAUCUGAACCUGUCGUUUAAUGAUCUCAGGGUGUUUCCCCAGGAGUUGUUGACACUGAGGUGCUUAGAGGUCUUGAAGCUGAGGAAUAACCCCCUGAAGGAACUACCUCUUGAGAUACACCGCCUUACGAAACUAAGAACCCUUGUUGUCUCCUUCAACCUCUUAACGUCGUUACCACCAAGCUUGUUCACCAUCCCACUACAGUUUUUGGACCUUUCCUAUAACAAGCUGAGCUUCUUGCCGAGUGAGAUACGACAUCUCAAGUCAACCCUUCGUGAGUUGAAUCUAGAAGGGAACCAGCUCCCUGGUAUGCCGUGCUCCGCCCUGAAGUUGAGGAAAUUACGCUACCUGAGGGUAACCAAUAAUUUCAUGCAUCCACUCUUCUGGAAAGAGAACAGCCGAAAUGAACCACAGAGGCUCUUAGAUCUGUCUGCGCUCACAGUGAAACACUGCAACCUGGAUGGGAACUCUCGUGCUUUGCCAGAUUUCCUUUGCUCUGUUCUAGACAGCUAUACUAUAUGCGAUUGCUGUCAGGGGCCUUUAUACGGGCCAGGCCUGCGAGUGAUCCGUCCGUGCAGCAAGGCAUUCGGCGUGCGCAAGUUGCCGUUCAUCUUCAAUUGUUGUUCACCAUACUGUCGGGAUACAUUCAACUCCAGUGUGGAGUCACUCACCCAGAUGCUGUAUUGGGAGGACGAUUGAUGAAUAGUCGGGUUCCUUGGAGCUGGAAUUAAGGAGGCAACUUCUAAGGGAUGAUUAAUUGGGAUAAGACGGUCUUGAAAGUUCUUUAGGGGACAACAUUAAUAAUACCCUUUUUUAUUACCCUUGGUCACUGGGCCGUUUUCAUUCCUUAAACCAUCUCAGCUCCCUGGGGAGUAUACAGCCUGUGCAACAAAUAUGCGCUACUCGGCUAAA